CGUCAUAGUAAUGGAGGCCCGUGUAAACAACAGGGAUACUGCUGUUCUUUGAAGGGGAAAAACAACAACUUUCUCUUUCGUUUUCUGAAAAUGAUGACAAUGGACUGCGAACGAAUGGACAGUCUGGACGGCUGGGUAGCCAUCAGACCCAACGUCUUUGAAGAAAACGAGAAGUUUAAGUUAGGCUUUAUCGUGGAGUGGAAUGCUAUCGAAAGCAAGUUUGCUGUCACGUGUCAUAAUCGGACGCUGCAGAGGCAGAAGAAAAAGGACGAGCUCGCAGAUCCAGACACACAAACCAGCUGGGCCGGACUGUUUUCGGUGUGUGAUUUAAAAAACGUUCACCGGCAGUUGACCGGUGUCAACGACGUGCUGCAGCCAUAUUUUCCCAGCUUGAGCGAGUUUGAAGGAGGAAACAUUUGGGACAUUUUAUUCCUGACGAGGGCAGCUGGUAACAACAGCACAGAAAAACCAGACAGGGACUCGGACUCACCCUGCAGGCAAUUGGAGAAAUACUUCAGCGCAGCUAUAGAUGUCUGUGGUCGGAAAAUCGUGCUGGACUGUUUGUUUGCGCAGGAUGACAGGGAUGUGGAGGAAUACUUUGAGAACCUGCACGAGUUUAAAAAGAAGAGUCUGGAGGAGCAGGUGGCGAGAGCUAAAGAAGAUCUGAGACAGAUAAUCCGUUGCCAUAAAACUGCUGACAAGAUGGUUGCCCUAUUAAAGAUUUAUGAAGAAGAAGAUGAGGCUUAUCAGGAAUUAGUUACCGUGGCAACACAGUUUUACCAGUACCUGCUGCAACCCUUCAGAGACAUGAGGGAGCUAGCAAUGCUGUAUAAAAUGGAGAUCCUGAAAUCCUUGGAAUUUGAUGAUCUGGGUCCAAAACGAAUAGAAGCCCUGCAGAAGGAAGCUGAAGAGUGGAGGAGACGAGCCGAGGAUGCUGUCUGCUCUAUUCAGGAUAUCACUGUGAACUACUUUGUAGAAACCUCAAAGGCACUGGCAGGGAUGCACAAGCAGAUGGUGGAGGAUAAGAAGAGGUAUGGCCAGGCAUCCUGGGCCUCUGCUGCCCCCAGACUGGAGAAAGUGAAAUUCAUGUUGGCCAAGGAGACGCUGCAGCACAUGAGAGCCAAGGACAUGUGCCUGAACCGCAAGAAAGCAGACAUCAGGAAUAGUAUGGAGAGUCUUGCUGAUCAAAAGGACAGCAUGGAGGCAGUCGAUAAAUUGGAAAUGCAGUAUUACGAGGCCCAGCUGGAGUUAUACGAUGUGAAGUUUGAGAUUUUGAAGAAUGAAGAGAUGCUGUUACUGGCUCAGUUAGACACUGUACGGAGACAGAUUAAAGAGAUGAAGGAGGAAGUUGUUUAUUACGACACGUGUGAGAAUCUGGAUGAGCUGCUCACAGCUGAGCAGACUGGGGGACUGAGAGACACAACCUCAUCGGAAAUGAACACUCUGCAUCGACGCCUUCAGCAGCUGGAGGUCCAGAGAGGAGGCAUCUGCUCAAGGAGGGCCUAUCUGAGGAACAAGAAGGAUCAGUGUGUGGAGGCCCAUCAGCUCAAGCGCAGGCAGGCAGAAGUCAGCACAGUCCGCUUCCAGCAGCACCACAGCAUUCAGAUGAAAAGAGAGCAGAAUAGGGAUGAGGACAGGAAGAAGAAGGAAUGGGUGGACCAGGAACGGCAGAAGACACUGCACAGACUGAAGGCCUUUAGAGAGAAAUGCCCAGCAAGUCUCGUGUUAAAGGCACCCUGUUCCCAAGCAGCGGCCACAAAAACCACAAAGACACCCAAGAAAAACAAGGGUGGUCAGAAUAAGCAGAACGACAUCCCCGUUCAGAUCUUCCUCCCGCCCGGCUCUCCUCCCCAGCCAGGAGAGAGUGAGAGGGUGCCGAGCCAAGCCUCUCCUCCUCCCCCUCCCCCUCCUCCUCCUCCUCCUCCUCCUCCCCCGCCCCCACCCCCACCCCGGCCCCCUCCCGCUCUCUCCACACCCUCACACCUGCAGGCCGAUGGGCCUCGGCCCCUCGUCUGUGGAAGACAGCAAGCGCCUGACUCAGCGAAAAAUUCUCUGAAACAAAACAUAGGUUCAAUGGACGAGGUUUUGGCCUCUUUGAAACGAGGCCAGAUCUUACUGCGGAAAGUAGAGCAGCCUGACCAAGCAGCCACCAACAGACCUGCAGACAUCAGAGACAGCAUCUUAUCAGCCAUCAGAAACGGAGUCGCACUGAAGAAGAUAAAGCACGUGCCUGACGGGGACGCAAACAAGCAGGCAGGGAACGAUCUGGAGCGCAGUAUCAAAGCAGCCAUGCAGAGGAUGAAAAACGUUUCCUCCGAUUCGGACGAUGAGGACAGAGGGGACUGCCAGUCAGGAGAGUGGGACAGCUAGGCGUCCAGCUGCCCAGGACUGACUGACAGACAGGAAUCAUGAGGAAUUGCUAUUGUGAGAAGAACGACUUUGUGAACUUAUUUUUUUCUUCUUUUUCUUUUUUUUUUUUUUUAUUCAACAAACAUUUCUCUGGCUUUGAAACAUGACAUCUAUUUGACCUUUUUGUUUUGAAGUGUCAUUUAAUAUGUCUUUGUAAAACUGGUACCAGAGCACUGGAAACUUGAUUUUCUGGGUUGUUAGAGGUUGUUGUCAGUUUGCACCUGGCUGGGCUCUAUUAUUAUAAAAUGCUUGAGGUAAGUAUAACUUUCUAGAAUGAAGUCAAAUAUUUAUGUAUGUAGCUAAUACAUAAAGAGAAUGGUGUGUUUGAAAUCAUUGCCAAAUAAACUACAGAAAUGUAGACAUCAAUUAUGGGAAAACCCAUAUAAACAAGGCUAUGUUGAAUAUUUAUAUGAAGUAGUUUCUUUAAUGCUCCUAGUCAAGCAUUAUAAAAAGCUAGAACGGACCCAUAAAACAAGUGUAUGAUUGACUCGUCAGACACUUGCAAUUGAAGAUGAUCAAGAUCUACACAUCUUGCACUGAGAGCUCUGUGCACUUUCUUUUUUAAAUGGUUGCAUUUUCAUCCCUUUUUUUAUUUUCAGAUGGGGAAAAAAAAAUAACUAUGUGAAUAUUAAACAUAAAAAGUGCCUUGAUCUGUGCUGCUGAAUUAAUGAAUCCGUUGAAAUGAUGCAUUUGAAUAGUUCUGUUUUAAAGGAAGAAAACAAAGACCUAUCAAGUCUUUGCUGUCCCUUCUUUGGGUUUUGCUGCUUUGCAUGUCCUCAGAAACCCCUCGGAUAGAGAUGUCGUGCUUGGGUUGACAGGUUCAUGUGCAGUGCAAGACGAUUCAGAGAACGGCCACUACAUACAUUUAUUUUUCAGAUGUUCUUGUUCACAACUUACCAGGCUAGCACCUGACUCAAAACCUUCGAACGCCAAUAAUGAAAUUGUUUAACUAGAAGUCCCAUUGAUUUAGGCAGGUCGUACCACUCUUGCAAAUGUCCAGCUUUCUGUAAGCAGCCUUGUUUAUUCGCAUUGCCAUCUUAUGGAUGCAGAAACUACAGCAAUUAUUUCUUUCUAAAUAUAAAACUAUCCCUUAAGCUGGCCAGCAUUUGAAACCAUUCAGUGCUGCUAUUUAUUUGUAGCUUCUAACAGAACACCAAAGCCAUGAACCUAAUGUUAACAAACAGGAUUAUUCUGUGCCUUGUCUACAGUUCUCCCAUCUUACAUGUAUGGUAGUGCUUGCAAAUGGCGAGUUUAGAACCUGUGUUAUGUAAAUGAAUGGAACUUGAUUUUCUUCAUCUGUUUAUUGUCUAAGCACUGUAUUUAAGUUGAGUGGUAACGUAUUACAGACAUACCUUUGAGUGUAACGAGAUGUAAUAACACAAUGGUCAUACUGUCAAUAAAUAAGAAGUUGUUAUUUAACAUGACAGAUAUCCCGACAUUGCUUAGAAAGUCACAUACAUAUAUUUUAUAUAAUAGAUUCUCUAUACUAUAUAUUAUUGUCAAAACACAGUGGCUAAUUAGUUGUUGUCUAUAUGUUAGUACACAUUUUAAAUAUUAUUUAAUAACUCCAAUAAACAAACCAUAUCAAAAGACUGGCACCUUUUCAUGUAUGUUUGGUCGCCAUACAUUACAGUAAAUCAACUACCAGUUUAUUUACAGUAGACUCGGACCGGAUCUUAUUCCAGUUAGUCCAGAGUACUGAUCAUAAUUUAUACCAUACUAAAAAUGACUUGUCUUUGUGAUAUGUUUACUGUAUUAUUAUAUUUCAUCACACAUCUGUAAUAAAUUUGAAUCAAACCCAA